UGCUAUAGGAGUGGAGUAGGCACACCGUGUUUAUAUCUGUUGAAGUCGCUGAAAGUGAUGUUGAUUAUUUAAUUUUUGGUUGAAUAAAUUACGAUUUUUUAUAUUUUAUGUUCUAGUGCAUAUUUGAUACAAAAUGCUUAAAUUCCUCGAGAAGUGCUUUGAAGCAUUUUAUAGUGUAACUCAAGUUUUAAUGAAUUGUGACUGAAAUGUUCAUGAAAUUCGAAAGUGUUCCCCUGUGAUACGCAGAUGAUUUUGCCAAGUUUAGAAUACGAUAUUUUUUUAUUUACUUACAUAACUAUUUGUAUUUAUUUUUCGCGUGACAAUUUGAUCAAUUUCGACAGUAUUAUACAAUUUUUUAUUGAUAUUCCAGAGUGUUUAUUUGGUACAGUCUCUAUGAUAUUUGCGACCUUCUGGAAUUUGUUAUGUUAAUUUCACGUGGUAUACUAAGUAUUAAUACAUUAGUUUUACUCGGAGGCUUUUUUCUAAGUCUUAUACUUAUGAUACAGUUUAAGCAAAUUUACCAUAACCAGCAAAAGAAUAACAGGUUUUACGCUUAUAAAAAAUAUAUGAGAGAAAUAUCAGAAGAAUUGACUGAAGUAGAAACGUCUGCCAAUAAAUCUUCCUUUUACAUACAGCAACUAAAUGAAGCAAUUUUUAAACAGCGUGAUAAAAAGUUGAGGAAUAUUACACAGUCGUAGCUAGGAUUAUUGUUAUAAAUUCUCGGACUUCGUAACAAGCACCAUGUCCUUGAAUAAAACAAUCUGUCUAUUCGACGUCGACGGUACUCUCACUGAGCCUCAACAGAGUAUUAAACCCGCCGUCGAUAGAUUUCUACAAGAAACGUUGAAAAAGAAAUUCGACAUCGCAGUUAUCGGCGGUUCUGAUCUCGCCAAAAUUAAAAAGCAGUUGGGUGGAGAAGAGGUUUUUACAAAGUUCAAAUACGUUUUCGCCGAAAAUGGAUUGGUAGCCUUUAGGGAUGGAAAGCAACUGCAAACUGAAUCAAUACAGAGCAUGAUUGGAGAAGAAGCAUUGCAAGAUUUCAUAAAUUUCUGUUUGCGCUACAUCUCUCAACUGAAACUACCUUUUAAGCGAGGAACAUUUAUAGAAUUCAGAACUGGGAUGCUCAAUAUUUCGCCCGUCGGGCGAAACUGCACGCUUGAUGAACGUGCUCAGUUUUUAGAAUACGAUAAUGAAAAUCAAAUUCGUCAAAAAUUCAUUCAAGCGCUGAGAAAGGAAUUUCCAGACUUAAGAUUGACAUACAGUAUUGGUGGCCAAAUAUCCUUCGACGUUUUCCCCGAUGGAUGGGACAAAACUUACUGUUUGAAGCACAUUCAAGGAUAUAACGACAUUCACUUUUUCGGCGAUAAGACCAGGAAAGGUGGAAACGAUUAUGAGAUUUAUGAAAGUGACUUGACAGUGGGACACUCAGUGACUGGUCCCGAAGACACCGUCAACGAACUCAAGAUUCUUAUGCUAAAAGAGGAUGAAAUAGAAAACAAGAAUUGCGGUUAAUUUGUAUUUGUACAAGCAGCUCACCAAUAUGUUAAGAUAAACCAUAUAUGUAAAUAGCGUUCAAUUUGAAUAUUCUAAAUUCAAAGUCAUUCAAAAUUAUGUGAAUAGACAGCAAAGAAAAUGACCUGUACAUUUUAUAAUUUCUAGAUUCCAGUAUUUGAUGCUCUUCAUACUUCGAAACAAUUUAAUAAUUAAAUAUUUAGAAAAU